UUUUGAUUUUGAUUGAGGAAUAAAAACACAACGCUGAGUCGCAGGCGUCAUGGGACUGACUCGUCUGGCACCCAACAGGUAUCCUUGUGACGAUUCAAUACGGGUAUCAGGAUACCAGACCGGGAAACCGUAGUAAAAAAGGCAAUGGGGAUUUACUGCAUAUGGUACAGUGCACUGCAGUAUAUGCUUUCCAAGUUUCUUUUUGGAGUUAUCCGUUCCUAAAUUUGGAAUGGACGUGGCCAUCCUUGUCCCUGCCUAGUUAUGAUGCACCAGAUCUUCUACUAUCUGCUCCAAUAUCACUACGACAAGAUGAUGUUUAAGCUGGGGCGAAAGGUUCAAGCUGUCCUGGGCGUGGCCCUGCGGAUACCCUCGUUGUUCCUCAUCGACGCCAUCCUGAACCUACGCAUCGACACGGGCCAGUUUGGGGUGGACCACCCAGUGUGGUGUGCAGCCGUUCUGGUUAUAAGUCUUUUUGUUGCCAUGGUGAUGUUCUGUCUCGCAACUAAGACGCUUUUCAAGAUCUACAUCCUGCUUCUUUGCCUUGGUACUUUGGCUAGUGCUGUGUGGUGGAACCACGUCAUGCUUCUCAAGGUUGAUCAGGACAAGAAUUUAUCUGACUGGGAUGUCUUGGUGUCUAUGACGAGUCAAGAUUCGUCCUUCAGUUCAACAGUUACACCAGUUCAGAUUCUGCUCAGCGUGGAGUUCAUUCUCUACAUCAUGGUGCAGAUGUUCUACGCCUUCACUUACGUGGCUUGUAUUACAUUACUGCCAGAGCGAUUCACGCUGACCAUUUGGCUGGCGAUGUGCACCUAUUUCAUCUCACCAAUGAUGAUCCGUCUGAGCCUGAUGUAUUACAGUCCAGACAACCUACCCUUCACUACCCUUGCCACCUUGCAAGCUUUGUCCGUUCUAGUCCCUUCCCUUGAAAUGGCAGCGAUAUGCGUGUCCAAUAUCAUGUAUGGCGUUUUGCACGUGCCGCUUUGGUACACAACCUACCGGUUCAUGCUACGUAAUCUUGGCUUGAAUUCCUUGCUUGAGAAUGCGUGGGUCGAAUUUCAAGUACCCAAUGUUUUGCGGAGCUUUUGGCUUUUGCGGUUUGCAAUACAUGUCCUGCAAAUUCUUUUUGCAUUUGUGUCUGACAUGACGCUGCCUGGGGUUAUGGCAAGCAAUAUGGUGUUCUCAAAUGGAAGUCACGUCAUUGGUAUGAAUCCGGAUAAUAAUUUUGCCUGGAUGGCGUUGCUGGAGUUGGCAACCCAUGGUUGCGAUUCCACUCUUGCUGUCCUAGGGUUGACUGCCAUCGUGUCGUAUCUGUCCUACUAUCUUGGCAAAUGGGCUGAUAGACUUAUGGGUGGGGAUUCCGACGAAGUUGCCCACAUUGGCACCGUCACAGCCAUUCUAUUCUUCAUCCUGUCGCUCCAAACAGGCCUGCCAGGGCUAGAACCCAUGAAACGCUUUGUUCGCCUCUUCCGCAAUUUCAUUCUCCUCAUCACAGCUUUGUUGCAUUUCAUCCACAACAUGCUAAACCACGUGAUGAUGGCAUUGAGUACAUCUCAUAACACAUCCGUAUGGAAACACGCCCGAGCAUUAAGCAUGUCUCUUCUACUCAUUCUUAUCCCCGCCACUGUCAUCACAUACCUGUGGUCCUCCAUCACCAUGGGAACGUGGUUGCUAGCGGUAACCGCCUUCUGCUUGGAACUCAUCAUCAAAGUAACUGUCACCCUCAUCAUCUACACGCUGUUUCUCAUCGACACGUACAGCGACAAGUUCUGGGAAAAUCUUGACGACUACGUGUACUACAUCAAAGCCACGGGAAGCACCAUAGAGUUCGUCUUUGGCAUUUUCCUCUUUGGAAACGGUGUGUGGAUCCUGUUCUUCGAGUCCGGUGGCAUCAUCCGCGCCAUCAUGAUUUGCAUCCACGCCUACUUCAACAUCUUCCAGCUCGGCAAGAACGGCUGGAAAAAGUUCCAGAAUCGCCGCAUGGCCGUGCAUAAGAUCAAUGGCCUUCCCAUGGCAACAGAGUACCAGUUAAGGCAACACAAUGACGUCUGUGCCAUUUGCUACCAGGAUCUCAACACAGCGAGAGUCACACCAUGCCAGCACCUAUUCCAUGCACUGUGUCUUCGGAAGUGGCUGUACGUUCAAGACACCUGCCCGUUAUGCCACAAGGAAAUCAUGCAGUAUGUCAAUAGCAACUCUGAAACAGAGACAGAGGAACUAAAUGGGGAAGAUGGACUUCUACAUCAGCACUAGAAUCCUAUGUCAUGGACACAAAUGAAAAGUGUUUGUACGUAAUUUAUAUUUAUUUCAGUGCCUACAAAAUAUAAAUCACCAGUUUGAAAUCGGGUACCUAGUUUCGUCCAGUCAGGAGGAUUUUUGGGAGAAAUUGCAAAAUUACUAAAACUUGAUGCUUCUAAAGAGAGAUACAAAUAUUUUGAUUUUCAUGUAGAGACAUACAUGUACAACAUCAUGUGUUUACUCUAAUAUUUUAAACUGGCACAUUUAACAUUUUCAAUUUUGGAAAGGGUACCGUAUCUGGCCACCAACUUAUUUGCGCACUGCAUACACUUCCUGACUCUAUGGCUGCAUACACGAUUGGAUAUCCAAAUAAUAUACAUGUAUGUACCCAAAAUAUGGCCGAAACAACGUGGUGUCCUCGUAUGAUUUCAUCUUUCUCAAUCUUAAUGGAUUUGUCUUCAAUGAAAAUACAAGGUACGUUUGGCCAGGUAAGGAACUCUUCGCACAAUUUUUCCUGAGUGUCAGUAGCUUUGUUUCUCCAGCAAAGCAGCCAUAAUCUUAAUAUAUAUAAACAAAAAUAAUGGAGCAACUGGAUUAAGGCUUGUAUAUGCGCGCUGACAUUUUACCAAAAAAUAAAGGAAUUUGGAGAUACCGGUAUGUAAAUGAGCAACCUUAACAGAGUACACAAAAUGAACAAACAAGUGUUUAAUUCAUGUCAAUUUAUUUCUAUAUUUCAGAGGAAAUGUUAUCAGUGGUAGCGAGACCAUUUAUUUUUACAAAUUCUGUCUUUCUGGAAAUGUAAGGCAAAACUAAUAAUUCUAAUCCAGAAAUGGCCUGGGAUUUAUUCACACAAUGCUUCUUAAGUAGUUUGACAUUUGAUCGCAAAGGCUUUAAAAGUGAUACAUGUAUUUACACGAUUCAUUUCAUCAAAAUUCCUUGUAUAUCGAUAUGGUGCCAACAGCUUCCACAAGGGUUAUUUGGGGUCCGAUGUCUUUUCUUCAUGCCCCUGUUACAUUUGAUAUGGGUGUAAGAUGUAAAAUCGGGACAUCUUUAUUACCUUCUGAAUCCAAGAGUGAUUAUGUGAAUUGUACCUGUCAAACAAAUACAAUAAGUGGAUUUUAUCGAAACUAUGUAUGGCAAAUAACAGUUCAGGUGUAACAGGGACACGAAAAAAGUCACACUUUUGACCCCAUUUGUGAGGUUUUCUGGCAAAAUGGGAAAGAACUGAGCAGAGGUCAAAAUGAGGGUUUGCUGGUAUUAGGAAAGAGGAUGAAAUUCUACUUGCAAUACUGUUUGUUGCACUUUAAAUUAUCGGACAUUCUGUUGACAAGUUCAUGGCUGUUUUACAUUUUCAUUUACAUGUACAACCGUUCAACGUCAAAAAUAUAAUAUAGUGAGAAAAAUGACUUUAAUAUAAAUGUUGAGUUUUGUAUUCGUGAAAAUGAAACAUCCUAAUUGUUUUACCUUGAAUUAAAUUUUUAUUCCACAAUUUUUACAUUUGUUUAAAAUAUGCAGUAGACUUGUAUCAAAGAUAACACAUAUCAAUAAUUCUGAUAAUCGAACAAGAAAAAUCGCUUUAUUUGUUUUGUUUUUUUAUUUUUCUGCCCUCUUCUGUCCCAUUUUGCCAGAAAGCCUCACAUUUAUGGACUUACAUGCCAUAAUGCCCUAAAUGGGCAUAAAAAAUAUCUAUAGACUUCAAUUUUCAAUUUAUAUUUUAAUAAUAUCAAUUUCUGGUUUUGUCUAGUAGGCCAAUAGAGCGACAACUGUACUUAUCUGACCCUAAUCACUGCAACAUCAUGAUACCAUGAUUUGGUUCGACAUGUAUGAGUUUUCAUGUUCAUUGAACAAGCAUACUGAGAUUAAACCAACUACUCUGUGAAGUGUUUAUUCCCUUGACAGAUUUAACCCACAAAAGUCAAAAGCAAUUUCCCUUGAUCUGCUUCACAAAGUGUAUGGCAAUUCUAACGCCUCACUACAUCAGCCUUCAGAGUUUACUAUUCAGUAAUUUUUUGCUAUACAAAAGUUUAACAAGUAAAAGCAAUUUGCUACAUAUGCAGAUCAAACUUCUUUUUUUUUUUCCUUUUACAAAAUUGCUGACUGAUUGUAUGCCUCAAUAACGUUUUGGAUAUUGGGGGAAAUAAAUAUCAAAUGCAUUAUAAUAAGUGUAGAGAAUUGUAACUUUUUUGUAAAAAAAAAUUAUGUUAAUCAUUUACUUGCAAUAACUAAUUUAACUGUUGAAAUUUGAGUUUUAAAUUUUGUGUUUUUUUAACAUAGACCCUUUGCAUUCUUGGCCAUCUUGGGGAUGCUUUUAUUCUUUAAAAUAAAAAAAAAUGUACAAGAAAUCUCCUGGCUUGCCUCAUGUGUAUACAUUGUGCAUCCUAAAAUGCAUGCACCUCAAAGAUGGCUGCCGUGCAGAGAAUCUAUUGUCUCCUUGUUCAAGGUACAAAAUGUAUCACAAAGUUGAGUAUAAUCAAUGGAAAUAAAGUGUGGUUUAUUGAAGGAGAUGUGCAACAGCAUUUAAUAAAACUCCAGCAGCUGUA